CGCAGGCACGCAGCGCUUGUAAUCUCAGCAGCAGCAUCAGCAGCACAGCGCGCGGUAUGAGUAUGAGGUUACACUGAGCACGUGUGAUAGCACGGAGGCCGUUAUGAGUGGGAAGAGCCUCUUACUGAAGGUCAUUCUCCUGGGAGACGGCGGCGUGGGGAAAAGCUCCAUCAUGAAUCGCUACGUGACCGACCGCUUCGACUCGCAGUCGUUCCACACCAUCGGCGUGGAAUUCCUCAACCGUGACCUCGAAAUCGACGGUCGACUCGUCACCCUCCAGAUCUGGGACACGGCGGGCCAGGAACGCUUCAAGAGCCUGCGUACACCCUUCUACCGUGGCGCAGACUGCUGCCUGCUCACGUUCGCAGUGGACGAUCUGCAGAGCUUCCAAAACCUGGGCUGCUGGAAGAAAGAGUUCAUGUAUUACUCAGAUGUACGAGACCCGGAGCGCUUCCCCUUUGUGGUGCUCGGAAACAAGGUGGACAAGGAAGAACGCGAAGUUGGCCAGGACGAAGCCAGGGCUUGGUGCGAGGAGAACGGUUGCUGUCCGUACUUUGAGACCAGCGCGAAGGACGACACCAACGUGUGCUCUGCUUUUGAAGCUGCGGUUCGGGAAGUUCUAGCAGGGGAGGACCCGAUUGAUCACAACCUGCUGAGUAGCACCAUUGAUCUACAUGGAAACCGUAAAGUGGCUCGUUCUUCUUGCUGCUGAGGUGCCUCCAAAUUGAUCCUGGCCUUGAGGCUUCUAGCUAUGGACUAUCUUGCUGGUAUGCUUGAGGGCUUUCUAUGUGGUACAGGCACAAUUGUAGUCAGAUGCAUCUCUUUGGUGACCUGGCUACAUGUGUAACAGAAUUAUGGUCCUAUAUAACAGUAAAGGUAUUUUAUAUAUAUUUAUCUCUCCACAGUCUGGCACAAACAACACAUUCCAUGCUUGUGACAUGGGGCUUUUAUAAUAUUGUUUUAUGAUUGCUUCAUGUCCUGGAGAUCACCACCUGCUCAGAUCUCCAAGAGCACGCACAGUGCAGAUUUAGCCUCUCUUCAACAUUCUGCUGUUUUGAGGGGAGCAUUUUGCUGUUUCAUUAUUUUAUGGUGGUACACCUUUUCAAGCUGUGUGAGGAAAAAUAGUAAGCGUGAUAUUAUAAAGACAAAAUGUUUGCAAAAUUAAAGGAAUAUUCCAGGUUCAGUACAAGUUCAGCUCAAUCGGCAGCAUUUGUGGCAUAAUGUCGAUUACCACAAAACAUUAUUUCGACUCGUCCCUCCUUUUAGGUUACAGUGAGGCACUUACAAAAGAAGUAAAUGGGGCCAGUGUGGGGCAGAAAUGUGAAGCUUUCAAUUUUAUAAAAGCACUUACAUUCAUUUUUAUGUUAAAACUUGUGUAUUAUUUUAGCCGUGAAGUUGUUUAAAUUGUCAUUUUUACAGUCAUUUUAGGGUUUGAUGACAUUACAUCGUCAUGGCAACGAAGUUGUAAAACUGGCAAUAACUUUACACAGAAAAGGUUAGUAAGUGAUUUUAUCACACUAAAAUCAUGUUAACGCACAUAUUGUUUACAUCUUGUGGCUAUACUUUUGAAACGGUGAGUAUUUUAAUGUUUACGGAUUGGCCCCAUUCACUUCCAUUGUAAGUGCCUCACUGCUUUUUUUUAAAGAAAAGGGGGGAUGAGUUGAAAUUAAUUUUUGUGGUAAUCAGCAUUAUGCCACAAAUGCUCUCGAUUAAGUUUAACUUGUAUCGAACCUGGAAUAUUCCUUUAAUUUUUGAAAGGGCAUGCUUUUUUUUAUUUUUUUUAUUUUUUUAUUUUUUUGUAGAAACAAUGAAGCCAUGGUACUUGUACACAUAAAAUAACCAUGUUGUUACUAUAGUAACCAUGUUUUGUUUUUGUUGUUGUUGAAUGAUGAUAUCACCAUAGUUUUGGUUUUCCUGUAUUAUUACUAUUGUUUUACUACAAAUAUCAUGGUUAUAAUAUGGUUACUGAAUUAAAACCAUGGUUAUUUUUGUGGUUAUGGUUUUACUACAAAUGGCACAGUUGAACUAUAGUAGUAAAACCAUGGUUCAUUUUCAUAAGGGAUGGAUAAAGCUUUUGCAAAGGAACCCAAACUAUUAAGAGGGAACGCAAAACAGAAAUUACAGAAAUUAAAUUCCCUCCCUUUCCUCUAAGGGGCUCCAAAGGGCAUAUUGUUAAUCACUGCUAUUAGUAUAAAAUUAUUGUUAGAGAGAAAGGUAAUUUCUUCUAUUGUGGAAUUGAAAUGGUUCGAAAAAUGCAUUUGUUUUGUGAAGUUAUUCUUUGGCUGAAUCUGUCAAGCAAAUGUCCAGGUCAAAUUUCACCCCAAAAUCACAAGAAAUAAAAUAAGAAAUUGUUUGCAUAAAGAAAAUUAAAUUUGAUCGUGAAGAUUUUUUACACUGUGAUAUUAUUUUCUUGAUAAUUAAACGAAAUUCCUCCGAGAUUCUUAUUACUGUAAUGCGAAACAAAAUAGUAUUUUACAUCAUGGUAGUAUUUUAUUUAUUUAUUUAUUUUCAUUUUUCUCCCAAUUUGGAAUGGCCAAUUCCCAAUGUGCUUUUAAGUCCUCGUGGUGGCGUAGUGAUUCGCCUCAGUCUGGGUGGUGGAGGAUGAAUCCCAGUUGCCUCCGCGUCUGAGACCGUCAACCCGCGAAUCUUAUCACGUGGCUUGUUGAGCACAUUGCCACGGAGACAUAGCACGUGUGGAGGCUUCACGCCAUCCACCGCGACAUCCACGCUCAACUCACCACAUGCCGCAACGAGAACGAACCACAUUAUAGCGACCACGAAGAGGUUACCCCAUGUGACUAUACCCUCCCUAGCAACCGGGCCAAUUUGGUUGCUUAGGAGACCUGGCUGGAGUCACUUAGCACACCCUGGGAUUCGAACUAGCGAACUAGCUAACUCCAGGGGUGGAAGUCAGUGUAUUUUACAACUGAGUUACCCAGGCCCCAAGUUGUACUGAUUUUAAUGACAUGCAUGACAGGGGAAAUGUGCUUAAUUGUCAUGAAAAUAGGCUUCAUUCUCUUUAUGCAAAAUAUAAAUUCUUAUUUUCUCCUUUUGAUCUUGGGGUGAAAUAUGACAUAGACUUCAAUUUGUGGGAUUCACCCUAUUAUGGUACACCUUUUGUUUGAUAUUUUAAAAUACAUAGUUGCUAGCAUAUUGCUAACAAAUAAUUAGAUUUACAUCAGUAGACCAUUAUUGUUACAGAGAAAGGCAUAUUUUUCUGUUUUGGUAUCGAAAGGUAAUUUUUUUUAAAUGUAUUUUAAAGUUAUUCUUAAUUUGUGACCUGGUACAGCGGUACAAAUGCACAGUUCCUUUCCCUUUUUUUUUUUUAAAGAGUAAAGGGCACUCGUGAACAGCUUUUUCUUUAGUGCCGAAGUCACGAUUUCAUUUAUAGGUACUCUAUUUGUCACUAAUCUUUCUUAAAGGAAUAGUUCACCCAAAAAUGACAAUUCUGUCAUAAUUUACUCACAAACUAGCAUAUCUUUCUUCUGUGGAACACAAAAGAUUAUGUUUGGCGGAAUGUCCAAGCUGCUCUUUUCCAUACAAUGAAACGGACGCUGUUGAGCUCCAAAAAAGCAUCUUAAAAUGUCACAAAAGUAGUCUAUACAAAGCUAUUGUAUAGUUUCAGAAGACUUGGAAUAUAGUGCACAAUAUGGACUCAGUGGCAUGAACAUUCGUCAACAUAUCUGUUUUUGUGUCCAGCCAAAGAAGGAAAGUCAUAUGGGUUUGGAACGACAUGAGGGUGAGUGAUGACAGAACUCUCAACUUUUGAUGCUCACAUUUUCAAGUGAUUUGUUCCCUCAGUAUGAAUGUAUUCUCAGACUUUUGCUAAAUCAAGCAGAACGUUGGAGUCUUGAUUAAAUGUUUAUAGCACUUGCUAGCGCUCCCUGCAUUUAAAGCGUGACAUGUAGCUGAUGUUUCACUUACUACCUGCAAUCAUAAUAUAUAUAAUAAUAUAAUUUGUUGUUCUCAUAUGUUACACAUGUUAAACACAGCUUGGUUGUUACUUUGUUUUUGUUGAUUGUUGUGCUCACAUAGUGCUGCAUAUUGCAUACCUGUAAGGUCUCGAACGAUUAUUGUUACACUGUGAAAUAUUUACAGAUGAAACACUGUUUCUUGUUCUCAAACUGUUGGACGGACAGGUACUGUACAUAUUCAGUUCCAACCCAAAUAUUGGGUCUGUUUACUGAUCAAGCAAAUGAAGGUACUAAUCAUCUGGUUAAAAAUGAAGAAAUGUUACAUGAACAGAUCUGUAUUACAUAGUGAAUGAUUCUUUCUUUUAUAAAAUCAGGAUUUGAUCAGUGCAGCUGGUAUGACGUGUUUUUAGGGUAACAAAAGUCUUUUGAUAAAUCUGUUAAAAUUUGUGGGCUCUAUUUGAUAAGCAAACUGCCUGAAGGUCUGGAAUAAGUGGAUAAAUCUCACAAAGAAACGGCCAGAUCAUAUAUUUGACAGCAACAUUUCUAUAAUGCAAAAAUGUCAUUCUCAUUACUGUAAUAUGAAGAAAAAAAAUGACUUAAAUUAUUAAGUAUUUAUACACCAUGAUACUAUUUGUUGUACUGUCUUUAAUUCAUCCUAAUUUUAAUUAAAAUAAAUAAAUAAUUGUGUUGGUAAUCACAAUUACAAAAAGCAUAGUGAACACAUAUUAUUUAUUUGUUAAAAAGUAUAAUGUUCGCAUUACAGUAAUGAGAAUUUAGGUGGGUAAUGUGCUUAAUUGUCAUGAAAAUAUUGUCACAAUGCAAAAAAAAAAAAAAAAAAAAAAAAAAAACGAAAACUGUCUUAAAAAUAGGCUUUUUUUUUGUCUGUGUGUAUAUGUGUGUGUGUGUAUAUAUAUAUAUAUAUAUAUAUAUAUAUAUAUUUCUAUUUAUUUUUGGGUGAAAUAUGACCUGGACAUGUUCUUGACAGUUAUUGUGAGAUUCAUCCAUUUGAGCUUGAGUUGUACCAUUCCUGUCUCAGUAUUUAUUAUGUUACAUGCACAUGAGUAUUGUAUUCCAUCAAUUAUACUGUCAUUUUUAUGUAAGUUUGUCAGAGUAACCAGUCACUACCACAGUAAUGAUGCUAGGGAUGAAUUUGUAAGGGCAUUACUGCAAUGAAUGAACUGACUAUAUUAUCGUCACUGCUGGGCAUUCAUUUUUCAUUUUUAAAUACUGCAUUAACUGACAUGGAAAUGACUGUACAUUCACAAAAUGCGUCAUCUGGUGUAUUUUGAAAGCAGGGGUUAUGUUAUGAUUCCUGGAAAGGGCUGUGUAGCUCCUCAAACUUGUACCCUACUGUCUCGUCAACUCCAAUGCAAUAAGGAGGUCAAGACUGCUUUUGUUUACAAACUAAUUUAGUUUGCAAGAAUCUGAUGUGAUGAAUAAACAAACUGCAA